AUGCCGGAUUGUCCGGACGGCGGGGCCAAAGGGCCCCCUCUCCCUUCGAAAAUCUCCUUCUCCAUCCUCGACAUCCUGGAUCCGCAGAAAUUCAAUAGGAAAAGCCCUCCGGCGGCUGGGGGACGGGAGAGCGCGCCGCUGGCGCGGAGAGACCGAGGAAAAAGUUUGGGAAGAGUUGAACUGGAAGCCGAGCGUCGAAGGAGCCAGGUCGAGGCUUCGCAGGAUGUAAACAGUGAUGGAGAAAGAGGAGAAAGUGAUUCAGCCACCCUGGAGGCAUCGGAACAAGAGGAGCCAGACCAGCACAAGAACCACCUCACCAUGAUGGGAACACCUGCUCCCUUCCCCUCCCUCGACUUCCCUUCCUCCUCCUCCUCCUCCUCAGAUCUGGAUGAACCCGGCUCACCAAGAUUGUCCAAACGGCGCCGAGUGGAGCCCAACUGUGUCAAGCCUCGGCGAGCCAGGACAGCCUUUACAUACGAGCAGCUUGUGGCUCUGGAGAACAAGUUCAGGGCUACACGAUACCUGUCAGUGUGCGAGCGCCUCAACCUAGCUCUGUCACUCAGCCUGACGGAGACACAGGUCAAAAUCUGGUUUCAGAACCGAAGGACAAAGUGGAAGAAACAAAACCCCGGAAUUGAUGGCCUGGUGCAACCAGGAAACAACAAUGCUGUGACCCCCCCAGCAGGAAGUAGCAGUCCUAGCCCAUCAGGGCCUAGCGCCUUGGCCUACCAGACUUUCCCAUCUUAUACCUCAGCCAGUCUUCUCUUUCCAACAGCAGCUUCCCUUCCCUUGGUGGCUGCAGCAGCAGCAGCAGCGGGGGGCUUCCCUUCCUUCCUUCGCCCUGCUUAUCUGACUCCAUUUUAUAACCCUCACCUCUAGAAGGAUCAGAACGCAGAUCAGCCUUCCUCAAUUUGACAGCCUACGGGAAUGGCUGAGCAUUGCAGUAGAGUUGAUGCAACUGGAAGGUCCCUUAGACUGGGAACAUCUGCCACAAGUUAUGAUUUUUCUACAUCUUACAUAAGGUCAUCUCUUCUAAUACACUAACUUGAUGAUGCAAGCAUUACCUAGUUCUAGGUGUUUUGAGUGUUGUGAUGGGAAAACAUUAAAAGAGGGGUCCUCUAAUCCCCCCCACACUUUUUUUGAGAAAACACACAACUGCAGUUUGAAUCUGUGAAAUUCUUUUGGAAGUAGGUUAAUUUAAUUCAGGAGUAUGGAUUUAUUAAAGAUGGAACCAGAGCUGCUAUACACUACAAUAUUUGGUGUUUAUAUGACUGUUGAUCCCUAAUAUAUUGAGUAUGAAAGGAGGCACAGAUUCUGGGGAUUUAAUAGCCAACAAGGGUGUCCCAUUCUGGUUCUCUUCCUGUAAUUUAAUGUCCUCUGAUGCCCUGAACAAGGGAUCAGCUUUUCCCACCUGUGUUAAAUGUACUAGAUGCUAAAGCAGGAUGUUUUUCUUGGGGCCAAUGCUGCAUGACUUUGCUUUGACUUUAAGGUCAUUCCAAAAAGAAGUACAGGAUAAGUGUAAUCAUGGAAUAUGCAAAAUGUAGAUUGGAAAUGAAGGCAAUAUUU